AUGGCACAAACAAAGAGGAAGUCUGUGGUGGAGUGCUUCUGUCAGGCCAUGGGAACCAUUGAGAAGCACAGAAGCUGCACCAUUUUCCCAUUUGAUGGAGGUCACCGUCACUCGGGCCGUUUUCUUUCUACGUUUGGGCCGAGACACAAAAGACCCCGCGCGGAGACAAACACUUAUUUUUUCAGCAAACAAGCAUCGCCGGGAUGCAGAAUUAAAGUCUUCAGGUUUGUCAAGACCAUGUCAAAGCCAAUGGAUCACGUAAAACGUCCAAUGAAUGCCUUUAUGGUGUGGUCCCGAGCCCAAAGAAGGAAAAUGGCCCAGGAAAACCCCAAAAUGCACAACUCUGAGAUCAGCAAGCGGCUGGGAGCGGAGUGGAAACUUCUGACGGAGUCUGAGAAGAGGCCGUUCAUUGACGAGGCGAAAAGACUGCGCGCCAUGCACAUGAAGGAGCACCCUGACUACAAGUACCGGCCCAGAAGGAAGCCAAAGACGCUCAUGAAGAAAGACAAGUUUUCCUUUCCGGUGCCCUAUAACCUCGGGGAGCAUGAGGCGCUCAAGGUGAGCGGCCUGGGUCUUUCUGAGUCUCUCAUGGGAAAUCCUGACAAAGCGGCGGCCGCAGCUGCUGCUGCUGCUGCGCGUGUUUUCUUCAACCCGUCCAUGUCCACGAACCCUUAUUCCUUUUUCGAUCUGGGAUCCAAAAUGACUGAACUUUCGACACAUUCUUUCCCGUACGCGUCCCCGUUAGGUUAUCCCCCUGGAAGCGCCGCUGCUUUCGCUGGAGCAGGUGGCGUGGGCGGAGGCACGCACACGCACUCGCACCCAUCACCUGGGAACCCGGGCUACAUGAUCCCGUGUAACUGUACCGCGUGGCCCUCAGCGGGUCUGCAGCCUCCUUUAGCCUACAUUCUGCUGCCUGGCAUGGGCAAACCUCAGCUCGAACCUUACCCUGCGUACGCAGCAGCGUUAUGA